AUGCCUCCUCAAAGGAUUCUAAUCGUUGGGGCCGGAAUUGCGGGCAUCGCUAGUGCUCUGGCCAUCUCAAAGGAGCUGACCCCAUACGUUCCAGGCCUGAAGAUCACCGUCUUUGAACGCCAUGACAUCCUCUCCACCUCGGGAGGCGCCAUCAACCUCACUCCCGUCGCUCAGCGUCACCUCGACCAGCUUGGAGUGCUCGCAGAACUGGACCGUUUGGGAGUCGAAGGCGGAGCCGACGUUGAUGCUAUCCAAUUCUUUUCCUGCCGGUCGGGAAGAUCGCUGGGGUCUAUCGACUUUACCGAUCAUCAUGGCCAAGGGUACAGCGGAUACAAGGGUCGACGGGUGAUGCGGAUUAUCCUCUCGGUAGCGAUGCUAGCAGUCGUCGAGCGCACCCGGAAUAUCGAGAUCGUCUUCGGCAAGAAAUUACUCAAGGGCGAAGAGACUGCCGACGAAGCCAUCCUGUACUUCCAGGACGGCACGACGGCAGUGGGAGAUCUCGUCCUCGGCUGUGAUGGCGUGCACUCAGCAACACGGACGCAAUGGGUCGCGCCCGAGUCUCCGUCCGAGUACACGGGGAUCUCGUUCCUGCAGGGUGUCGUCGACGCAAAGACGCUCAAAUCCCGCACCCACUUCCGGUCGACAUCCAUGAACAUCUCCCGGCAUGGCACGCUGCUGGCGAGCUACUGCGACCGCGAGCAAGAGCAGAUUUUCCUUGCGGCCAUUGUGCAGUUCGCCGAGGAGCUGCUCCCGCGGUUCCGCAUCGAGGCCGGCCAGGACUGGCGGAAGCAGCAUGCCAUUCGAAAAGCCCUGCAGGAGGAGAUGCAGGAUCGAUUCGGGAAGUCCGGAAUCCCGUGCAUCCGUGAGAUGAUCAAUUCCCCGACGGACUGGAUGUUGUACCCGGUGUACCAGGUUCGGCCUGGCGGGCGGUGGCAUACCCAGCGAGCGAUCCUGCUGGGAGAUGCAGCACAUGCGAUGCCCCCGCGCGAUGAAUCAGCCGCAUAUGCGCUCGAUGACGCGAUUGUCUUCUCUCGCAUUCUGGCUCGAUACCGCGAUGAACCACUCACGGAGGCAUUCAGAGCGUACGAAGACCUCCGACGGGAGACGGUCAACGAAGCGUUCAAGUCCGCUCGGCGGAUGUGGGAGAAGCACAAGGACAUGGGUCUGUUGGAGGGCCGGCUGCGCGAGUGGACGCUGCCUUUCUAUAUUCGCAAUUCGAAGGAGGCUCGCGAGGCAGCGUGGGAGUUUGACGCGACCAAGAUCAGCAUUCCCAUGCCAAUGGAGGAGCAGGAGUCGCUAUAUUCGUUUGAAAAGGAUUAUCAUUUGUAG